AUGGGGAGUCAGCGGCGUGACCCAGGUACUUGGUUGCGGAAGGUGUUGAACCCGCAGGAAAUGGAAGGCGCAGCAGUACAACUAAGCCCAGAGGACGCAAACAACAAUGCGGAAGUCGCUAAGGAAGGAGGCGUUUUUCAUUCGUGGAGGUUCCGUGGGAAAUGGCAUCAAGCAAAUAAGGUGAUGAUUGUUGCUGUCGCAGUGAUGCUGGCAUCAGGGGCUCGUUACAUUAUGUCAAGAAAGGCACAAUCCUACCUAAAGAGGUCAGAGCUACCUCUCGACGAUGUGAGCGUGGAGAAGUACAUGGAAGAUUUGGACAAAGCGUUAUGGGAAAUGGAAAGUGCUUGGGAGAACGCAGAAUUUAGUGUGCAGCAAGCUUUUCAAAUACACUUCACACCGUCGCUUGAGGAUGGCCAAGAGCUCCUGGAAGAUCCGCUGGCGACCAUCAAAGAUCAUGUGGACAAGAUUCAGGAAUGCGAAAUUUCAUCUGUUUCUUCUAUGGAGGCUCGGAGGGGCUUCGCCCAACACCUGCAGCUGUUACUGAGCAUUUGCCGCACAGUGACGCUUCGCUUAGAUGAGCUGGAGAGCUACGUCAGUGCGAACAAGAUAUUUGACGUGCCUGUUCCUGUUCCUGACCACGGCGAGCCCUCUAGUGACCCUGCGCCUGAAGAACAUCAAGGAAUGGCAGAGCGUGACUGGACAGCUUCUGAUUUCUUGGUUUCUUUUGGGCUGUUUGGUGGUGAUAGCGAACGAACAGUAGAUAAGCAUUUAUGUAAUAAACUCGCAUCGGCGUUGGAGAUUGAGAAGAAGUUUAACGACUCCAAUUCGAAAGCCCGACAUUAUUUCAUUCCUAGCCUUGAACCCUUUGGAGGAGACGGCGCUCUCAACCCUGCCCAUGCCCCUGCCGAACACCAGAUUCCAUACACUAAAAGACCAUUUCGAACUGGAGCUCUCGCGCAAGCAGCUGCGCAUAUAUUCCGUGAAUCCGAUGCCACUAUGUAUAACGCAUACAUACAAAAGCUGAGCCGAAUUGCAAACAAUUGGACGGACAAGGGGGUAUUGUUGGCUGCAGAGCAGCAAGAGAAAGAAAAUGCGAACAAGAUCCAAAACCGGCUGAAGACUAAGAGGGAGCAAAUGCGACUGCUGCUGAAGAAAGGAAUACCGAAGGAUGAUCUGGUGAUGAGUGCAUUAUUUCUUUUAUAG